CGGGGACCUGUCGUAGCCUCCCGCCGGGCGCUGCGGCCGUUGGCCACCGUUGACAACCCGCCCGCCGGCUCGCGGGGAGUAUGCCCGGCCGCGCCGCGCACCAGGAGGCGGCGGCGGCGGGAGGAGCAGAGCCCACUGCAGCCGGGGGGAGCGCGGGGGCCGCCGCGCAGCAGGAGCAGCGGGGCCUGGCGGGCGCUUUCCCGCUAGUGCUGAAGAAACUGAUGGAGAACCCGCCGCGGGAGGCGCGCCUGGAUAAAGAGAAGGAGAAGAUAAAGCUUGAGGAAGAUGAGGCAGCAGCUGCCAGCACUAUGGCAGUCUCGGCUUCCCUUAUGCCACCCAUCUGGGACAAAACUAUUCCUUAUGAUGGCGAAUCUUUCCACCUGGAGUACAUGGAUCUGGAUGAGUUCCUGCUGGAGAAUGGAAUUCCUUCCAGCCCUACUCACCUGGAUUUGAACCAGAAUCCGCUCUUGCCUGUGGCUGAGCUGGAAGGAAAAGAGUCUGCCAGUGCUUCCACUGGUUCUCCUGCAUCAUCCUCUUCCACUGCAGUUUACCAGCAAUCUGAAGCAGCCUCCAGCACAGAGUCCCCACCACAAAAUGAGAGAAAUACUCCCAGCCCCAUUGAUCCUGACUGCGUAGAAGUUGAGGUGAAUUUUAACCCCGACCCUGCUGAUUUAGUGCUGUCCAGCGUGCCUGGUGGUGAGCUCUUCAAUCCUCGCAAGCACAAGUUUACUGAAGAGGACCUGAAACCACAACCAAUGAUUAAAAAAGCCAAGAAGGUUUUUGUCCCAGAUGAGCAAAAGGACGAGAAGUACUGGACCAGGCGGAAGAAGAACAACGUGGCGGCCAAGCGCUCGCGCGACGCUCGGCGGUUGAAGGAGAACCAGAUCACCAUCCGGGCUGCCUUCCUGGAGAAGGAGAACACCGCCCUGCGGACGGAGGUGGCGGAGCUGCGCAAGGAAGUGGGACGGUGCAAGAACAUUGUUUCUAAAUACGAGACCAGAUACGGACCCUUUGACUUAUCUGAUUCCGAGUGAUGCACCUUUAAAGACUUUUAGAAACAAAGAAACUAAAAAGCACACACGAAUCGGCAGUCUUCAGAGUGAGCAGUGAAAUCUAGGAGGUGUCCCAACACAAACAACUGACCGAUGACCCUGCCUGCCUGCUUGUCUGCAAGUACCCCAUCUGAACUACCCAGGGCUGGGCAUGAUGAAAAGUGCAAAGUCUCCUUAAUCCUGUAUAUGGCUUUUCUUAUCUGUCUUUCUCACUGUAACUAUGAACUACAGUAAGCUUACGUAUUGGGGUUUCGUCAAGACACUCAAAGUUCAUGUCUCAAAGUCUGCUGACAGCCUGUGUGAAUAGUGACUCUUUGUUUUGGCACUCAAGUGGAAGAAGAUAGGGAGUUUUAAAUCAAAGUGUCUGUGUGUAUAUAUAUAUAUAUAUAUAAAGAACUGCUAUAUUUUAAGACUUUUUCCUUUUUUUUUUUGUGUCCCUGCAGUAGAAUGAAUUUUACUUAAUACUGCAGCUCACUUCGGGUACAGCGUUAGCAUCUUGUGCCUGCAGAAUUAAAGAUGCUGGGAAAACAGCAGUCUGUGGUGUGUGAGACUUCCAGAGCAGAAAAGUACAGCAGAUGUAUUGGCACAAUCCAGAAAGCACCACAGUGUGCCAUGCAAAGAGCGGUAAUGAACUUCAACCAAAUGACCCAUGUCAUAGCAAAACACUUCGGCUGCUUUCCUGCUGCACAGCUACACCGCUGUAACCUGACUACUUCUUUCUUUCAUGAGGCUCUCUUUCCUUUAUGGGAUCUUGCUGAAACAAGACUUCUGUUAAUGAUUUAGCAAUCAUGGCAAUGGUGCUAGUCUGAGCUGCUGCUGUCCAUGUCUUUUGGCAGUGUGAAGCUAACAAACACCUAUUAGCUCCAGCAGAACAGUGGCUGUUAGCUGCCAUAUUCCAGUUUUCUGUCUCUUGAAUGCAUGACUGUGGUGGUGAAAGAGCACUUUGUCCAUCUGUCUUCUAGAACUGAAACAGCCAGUGCUUUCCCACAGUUACAACAGGCAGCUUAAGUAUCAAGACCCUUGUGCUGGUGUGGGAGAGCAGGCUGAAAGCUUGGGUAGGGAUGUGUAGAAGAUGAAGGAAUUAGGUGGAAUUGCCUUUGUAAGAGUUUCAUCAGCAUACCUAGACUUUACUCUUUGAUACUAAGGAAACUUAAGAGCUACAUUUUUUGGUGGGAAAGAAGUAGAGUGCUUAACUUCUGGGGAACUAGUACAGGGCCAUGCUUAUAGCCAAAAUGGAGCUUGUAAGACAGGAGUGUCUCUUAUGCCUGGAGAUUGAUAAACAGCAUAUGCUUCAAGAAAAAUAACUAUGAAAGCUUUCAGAAGCACAAGUGCCAAAUGUUUUGCAGCACAACUGGUUACCAGCAAAAGCUCAACACUAUCUUGUUGAACGAGUACUUUGACUUUGCAAUUUACUCAAGGAGAUUCCACCCCUAUUUCAGAGCAGAAAGACAAACUAAA